AUGGCAAAAUCUGGUUCUCAAGGACAACCAUUUUGGCUCGGUGGUGCUGCGGGUGCGAUGGCGGCUUGUUGCACUCAUCCACUAGACCAGACAAAAUAUCGAAUGCAGGUCAUCGCAGCCAGACAAAACAUGCUGAGAACAAUGAUCCAGUUCGCAAGUCGUGAUGGAAUACCAUCGUUGUGGUGGGGAAUUUCAGCUUCCGUCCUCCGACAAUCAACGUAUUCGACCGCAAGGUUUGGCCUGUACAACUAUUUCGCGCGUGAGGCUCGACGACGGACAGGACAACAACGCCUUUCUAGUCCGAUGGAGAUCGCAUGUGCCGGUGCGGCGGGCGGACUUGCUGGACUUAUUGGGAAUCCCACUGAGGUUGCCCUUGUCAGAAUGUGUGCUGAUGGCGCAAAAUCUCCCGCGCAAAGAUUCGGAUAUGCGCACGCUUUCGACGCUCUGGUUAGAAUCGGUAGGGACGAGGGUGUCCGGACCUUUACUAGAGGUCUAGGUCCGAAUGUGGUUCGCAGCGUUAUAAUGAACGUGUCGCAGAUCGCCACUUAUUCCGCCGCAAAACGCGCCUUACUGUCCAACGAUUCCCUCGGCCUGAAAGAUGGGAUGCCUACACACUUCAUGGCCUCUCUCCUCGCAGGCACGGUUGCCACCACCGCCUGUGCCCCUGCAGACGUUUUGAAGAGCAGGAUACAGAACGCUGUGACAGUUGACGGCGUAAAACCAAGUGUGAGCAAGAUCAUCUCGGAAUCGUUGCGCACUGAAGGGCCGCGUUUCCUCUUCAAAGGCUGGACUCCUGCCUGGCUGAGGUUGGCGCCGAAUACCGUCCUCACCUUUGUCUUCCUCGAACAGCUUCAAAAGCUUGUUGACCUGUCAAGGGGAAUGAAUUCUGCGGAGACCCUGCCUGUGGCCGCCUCUGCUCAGGAAGCCUAACUGGCUGUGAUAAGAUUAUGCCUGCAACAUACCCACCAGCUGGUCAAGUGACAUUGGGCCAGUCCAGCCAAUCCAUGAACAUUGUUU